AGACGAAGAAAAGAAAAGUAUCGUGGAGAGUUCCGUUUGUUAGAUCUGUCGUUGCGUAAUAUUACCGUGGGUGUCGUCUGCUGUUGUAUCAUUCUACCACUCAAUCUAUUUAUAGCCUUCCUAUUCAGACGCAGCAAGAUAAGUUAUCCAGGUCCAGAACCAGAUAAAGUUUAUCCAAGUGGCAAACAAUAUGGUGAACAAAUUUCAGAAACUGACGAAGAAUCUGUCCAACCUGUUAUGACCUACUCCAUCUUGGAUCAGUCUAUUUUAAACUGGCAGGGUAUACAAGAUUGGGCCCAGAAACAGUGGUUGAAGCGGCAGCAAUCGUUACGUUCUAAUGCAGACAGCGUGAAAUCGCGGCCCAACCCACAGCUAAGAUCACAGACGGGGGAAUCGGAGAGAGAUCCAAAUUCUCCGACAACGGAAUUAACCUCGACAACAAUCAACGGUCCAAUCAGCCCAUUAGAUUCUCCCAUCAGUCAUCAAACUAGCGGUAUAACUACCCAUAAUCCACCUAACAUCCUUGGUUCCACCUUGUUGAGCUCUAGUCCGCAAUCAUCACCUCCCAGUCCGCGACAUCUUCCACCAAAUUCGUGGAAUUUUUCCCAGGGUCCCCUGUACGGUCCUCGCUAUCUACCGACCUCCAACACCGUUAAUGGUAGAAACCUGUCAACCAAUCACGAUCUUCCAGUACUUCACGUUCCAGUCUUACAGAAUGUUCGACGGGGCUACGAGACAGAUCAGGCCUCAAGUGGAUUUGUGGAUGCUACCAGCCAAUCACAGGCCACUGCUGAGCGCACCAGAAUAAAACUUGUGUCUGAAACCAGUUCCAGUAGUCGACAGUCAAACACAGAAUAUGUUGAUAAUGGUCGAGGAUGGCGAUUAUUUUUACCGUUCUGGUGUCGAUAUGUAGCAUGGAGUCUAUGUAUCAUGAUUAUAACAACUUGUACUGUUGUCACCAUCUUGUAUGGUUUCAGGUUUGGUUACAGCAAGAGUAUCAUGUGGUUACAGUCCUUAUAUUUUAGUUUCAUGAUCUGUGUAUUUAUAACUCAACCCUUGAUGAUCCUCAUUAUAGUUAUAUAUACAGCCAUUACAUACAGAAACGAUCCAUCCAUCUUGAAUCACCAUGACGAUGGUUACUAUGGAGUGAGGUAUGAUGGCAAGAAGAAGAUGGAGGAGAAAAAGAACGAAUCACCAAGUGAAGAAUUUGAAAGGGGUGUAGCAGCAAGACAGAGAUCACGAUAUUUACGAUUUGCCCGCCCACCACAAGAAAAAACGUUGAUAGAAGCACGGAAGAAACGUAUUAAAGAGAAACUGGCGUGUUCUUUAUUUAGAAAUUGUAUGGUACAGCUGUUACUGGUUUUUUGUGUGGGUUUCAUGGCAUAUGGUAAAGACUCGUCAGCUAUUUAUAAUCUGAAUACAGCUCUACAUAAAAUAUUCUUACAGAAUGGUAAUCAAUCAUUUCAUUCUAUUAAAACAAUCCCAGAAUUCUAUUCCUGGUGUCAAUCUUCUCUACUGGAUAAUCUUUACGACAUCAAGACAUCGACAACCAAACCUGAGGGUAGUUAUGGGUUACGGAACAGUUAUCUGAUUGGUUCAGCUAACUUACGGCAGUUACGUGUUCGACAGGAGCCGUGUUUGAGUGAGUUUGCGAUUCCGUUACGCAUCAUGCCUGGAGUUUAUGAAUGUCGUUAUUCCUACACGCAGCAACAUAAAUCGUCAAAAACCUUCGGACCAAAUGACAUCUGGACCUGGCAACCGGCACAAGGUGGUGCCUCAUUAUGGGGAAAAUAUGGUUUCUAUGACAACUCUGGAUUCGUUACAGAACUGAAUGAUUCAAGGAAUAUAGCCUCUGAACAGAUAAAAGAGUUAGAAAUAUUGAAAUGGAUUGAUCGCCAGACUCGAGCUGUGGUUAUAGAAUUCACCAUUUAUUAUAUUCCUGAUAAUUUAUUCACGUGUGUGAGUUUAUUGGUUGAGUUACCAGAAUCUGGCGGAGUUUUUACUCGACCCUUUAUAUCGUCAACAUAUCUCUUCCGUUACGUGUCCACCAUGGAUAAAUUUAUUCUUGCCUUCGAGUUAUUAUUUAUUGUCAUUUCACUACACAAGGUCAAAUGUCAACUGGUUGCCAUGGUGAAGGAAAAGAAGAAAUAUUUUACCAGUUUUUGGAAUAUGAUUGAGUUAUUGAUGUGUAUAGUAUCUAUGGUAUAUAUAGGAUGUUAUAUAUAUAGAUAUAUACUGGUAUCAGAGGUGGUGGAAUAUUUCCGUAGUACAUACUAUCAACAAUUUAUCAACAUAUCAUUUAUUUGCUGCUGGAAUGAGUACCUCCAAGCUUUAAUUGGUUUUGUCUUAUUUCUACUGUGUGUUGACUCAGUUCGAUUGUUGAAUCAUAAUUCAUGGUGUUUAAAAGCUGUUAGUUUUUAUCAACGAUCACAGAGAGAAUUACUUUUAUUCACACUAUUGUUUGGUGUUAUGGUAAUGGCGUAUAGUAGUGCUGGUGUUGCGUUAUUUGGUACAGCAUGUGAAGGUUUAAUGGGUGUGUGGUCUGGUAUAUUCACCAUGGUGAUGGCGUUGACUGGCGUAUAUCCAGAAUCAGAUAUAAACCAAUCAGAAUGGACUAAUUUAUUUAUGUUUACAUAUCUAGUAUUUGCGACAGGACUUCUCUCCGCCUACGUUUUAGCUGUGUUAAGUCGCCGAGUAAAAUCGGAGAAAACAAUGGAAGUGUUACAGAUGGGUGUAGCAGAUUGUCUGUGUUUUCUGUGGGACAAGUUUCUCAUCAACAUGGGGAUUCGAAAAACACACCAGAAACAAGAACCAGAAAAUAUUUUGCCUGCUGAGUUUAUAAUGGCUGAGAUAGAGUACCAGGUAGAUGAGUUGUUAUUUAGGAUGAAUGCCCUGUCUGGUUCCAGCGCUUUACCCGAUAAACCCAGAACAUAUUUCACUGAUUCUGAUGCAACCCAACAUAUCGUCGGGGAUGAUGGGAUAUCUACCGGUGGCUCUGAGCAUGAUCAUAUGUUAGUUGAAGGAGAUCGUUUAGAACAUCGAGUACAACGUAUAGAGGACAAACUCUGUGCCAACGAACCUUACCUGGCUCAAUUACUAAAAUUAGACAGCGUUGGUGCUGAUGUUCUAUCACAAGAGAAAGAAAAACAACUUCGAUCUCAUCUCGAGCUGGAAAUAUUUCGACAGUUACAACUUCAACGUCAGGAAUCAAACGAUUUAACAGACGGGCCGUUGUUAUUGACAACAACAGAUAACUCUGGUCAUAAUACAGAACAAUCAAACACCCUAUCUACAGGUGAGUCCAACAAUCAACAAGAUACAACGUGGUUAGCAGGGGGCAUAACUGGAUUGGAAAACUUGCUUAAAUUACAAGAAUCUUUACCAGAGUCUAGUUCAUCAAGUCCCGACUCUACACACGAUAACCGUGGCAACAAACAACAAACUCAUUCAAAACAACGACCUAUAAUACAGCUUAAAGGCUGCAUCAAGACGGCUUUACUGGAAGCGAAAAAUACGAAACGUUCAUCAUCGUCCGACAACGUUUCUCCGCAAUCAUCUGAGAGCGACAAGGCUCAUGCUAGAACAGACUCAUCUUCAGGACAGUCGUCAAAUACUGGCAGUCUCACAAAAAAUACUCCGUCUGCACCUGGUAUUAAAAGAAAAGAAUCAGACAAACCACCUCUCAAAACCGCUUCUUCAAAAACUAACUCACCGUCACACAGCUCCUCCAUCUCGGCAAAACCAUUGCCAAAAAUUAAACCAGCCAUUCCACCUAAACCUAGUUUUAUGCGCGGAAGUCUUGCCGAGUUGAAAUCCAGUAAAAACAGUCCUAAUUUGCGGAAGUUGCGCCUGGCUCCUGACCGCUGUUCAGUCAAAGAGGCUGCUAGUGGUCAUGUGGGAGAAUCAAGUUCUGGUUCAGAACAAGAUGGCGGUCAUGCGUUGAAAGUUCCAGCUGGUAAACGUGCUCUACGUAAAACCAGAUCUCAAGGUCGUGGUAAAGGUCACGGUGAGAUUGCGUCUGCUCAUAUUCUCGGUGAUUUAGAAACAGACGUUUUUGGAGAAGAAGAAGAGGAAGAUAUCGAAGAUGAAACACAAAAAUGAAUUUUAAUUUGGAGAAAAAAUAGAAAUGUAAUACCACCUGUUGUUCAUGUUUUGUGUUUGUGAAUUGUGAGUUUGUUUUGAUUGAUAGGGAAAUCUGUAUCUGUCAUUGACAAUGUCUGUGUUGGUCUGCGAGUUUGUCUUCAGCAUUUCUGUUUUUUUAUAUGUGAUACAGUUCUCCUGUUCUUAAACAGCUGUUUUACAUAUUGACCCAAACUGGAGCUUCUAUUAAAUAUUACAAGAGAUUAGGGUUGAGGAAGGAAUAUUACAAGGGGUUGAGGAAGGAAUAUUACAAGAGAUUAUGGUUGGGGAAAUGAUUUCUCCAAUCUAAUGUUAAAUAGAUCUGUAUAUGUUAUAUUUUAAAUUUUUGAUGAAAUUUUUGAUAAACCAAUUUUAAUAUUUACACAUAAUUUAUUUCUUUAGUUUAUGACUCAAGGAGAAGAUUCAAUUUUUUAAACCAGUUGGGUUUUAUUUACUUUUUAUCAGAUAUAAAAGAUUUUUGUAAAGAAGCUAUUUUAUUAUAUACUGUGCAAUAAUAUUAUAACUAUGUCAAAUAGUACUUUAUUACUUUAUUCUAUGCAGUAAUAUUAUAAUUAUGUCAAAUAGUACUUUAUUCUAUGCAAUAAUAUUAUAAUUAUGUCAAAUAGUACUUUAUUCUAUGCAAUAAUAUUAUAAUUAUGCAAUUAUUGAGAUGAUAUAUUUAUAAAGUUUUAUCUCAAGUAUGUCUGAUCUUGUAUUUGUUGAAAUAUAUAAUCAUAUAUAAUAAUUAUUAUACUAAUCUGUCCAUGUUCACUUGUACAGUUCAAUCCAUAUAUGACUGGAUAGUAAAGACAAUAGAAUCGCCAUAUGCCUGGAUGGUAAAGACAAUAGAAUCACCAUAUGACUGGAUGGUAAAGACAAUAGAAUCGCCAUAUGACUGGAUGGUAAAGACAAUAGAAUCCCCAUGACUGGAUAGUAAAGACAAUGCAAUCCCCUUAUGACUAGAUAGUCAAGACAAUACAAUCCCCAUAUGACUGGAUAGUAAAGACAAUACAAUCCUCAUAUGACUGGAUUGUAAAGACCAAAUAAAAAAAAAACCCUAUAUGGUGCUUCUAUUCAAAGAUAUUUGUAUAUAUAGACCUAUUAUGUAUAUUAGAAAUGUCUUUUGACACGACAAUAAAAUUUGAGUAAAAUUUAA